UUUAAAAAAAACAUGAAAAUUUUAUUAUUAUUAUUCAAAUUCCCUAAUCAUCCUUUUUCUUAUAAAACAGCCCUUUGCCUUUCACGUGAACACACCCUCUAAAACGUCACCGUUCUAGCCUCCUAGUCUAUGCGCACUACGCACCCUUCCACCAUUCAAAUAAGUGAAAUAACCAAGCCGGCUCCACUCAACUCUGCAAAACUCAAUAACUCUUAAAAGCUUUACGAUAGUCGUAUGGAGAAAAACGCGGUGGUUUUGGUUCUGAGCGUUUGGCUUUUAGUUGGAGGUUCGGAGGCGGGCACAUUUUCGUCGAAGUUGAUCCACAGGUUCUCCGACGAGGCGAAGGUGCUUUGGACUGCUCGAAACGGCAAUGUGGCUAACGGUGUCGUUUCUUGGCCGAAGAGGAAUAGCUUGGAGUACUUGGAGUUGCUGAUAGAGAACGAUUUGAAGAGGCAGAGGAUGAAGCUAGGCUCUCAGGAUCCGUUGCUGUUUCCUUCUCAAGGAAGCGAAACCCUCUUCUUCGGAAACGAGUUUGACUGGUUACAUUACACAUGGAUAGACAUAGGGACACCGAAUGUUUCAUUCCUCGUAGCAUUGGAUGCGGGGAGCGAUCUGCUGUGGGUCCCAUGUGAUUGCAUACAAUGCGCUCCUUUGUCUGCAAGUUACUAUAAUUCAUUGGAUAAAGAUCUGAGCGAGUAUAACCCAUCUUUGUCAAGCAGUAGCAAAAACCUGUCUUGUAGCCAUCAGUUAUGCGAGUCAAGUUCAUACUGCAAACGGCCGAAUGAUCCCUGCCCUUACAUUAUUGAAUAUGAUUCGGAUAAUACCUCAAGUUCUGGAUAUCUGGUUGAAGAUAAAUUACAUUUGAAGUCAUUUACUGACCAUGCAGCGGAGAGUUUGGUUCAGGCUUCGGUCAUAGUUGGCUGUGGGAGGAAGCAAACUGGUGGCUAUCUGGAUGGAGCUGCUCCUGAUGGCCUAAUGGGAUUGGGACCUGGAAACAUUUCAGUUCCAAGUUUGCUGGCAAAAGCAGGAUUGAUUCAGAAUUCUUUCUCAAUUUGUUUUGAUGAGAAUGGUUCUGGAAGAAUUUAUUUUGGUGAUAAAGGGCUUGCGUCCCAACAAUCUACUCCAUUCUUACCAAUAGGAGGAAAAUAUGAAACAUACUUUGUACGAGUAGAGCAUUUAUGUGUCGGGAACUCUUGUCUUGAGAGAUCCGGAUUCUUAGCACUGGUGGAUAGUGGCACAUCUUUCACAUUUCUUCCUCCUGAAAUCUAUGAUAAAGUUGUUCUGGAGUUUGAUAAACAAGUAGAUGCGAGAAGGAUUAGCUACCAAGAAGAUCUUUGGAAGUACUGUUAUAAUGUCAGUUCACAGGAGCCUUUCAAAAUUCCUAGCAUGAGACUUAAAUUUGCUAUGAACCAAAGCUUUGAAAUUCAUAACCAUAUUUAUUCCUAUACUGAUAUUGAGGGUUUUACAGUGUUCUGUUUAACUGUAUUACGUGGAAGCGAUGACUUUGGUAUCAUUGGACAAAACUUCAUGACAGGCCAUCGCAUUGUUUUUGAUCGAGAAAAUCUGAAGUUGGGUUGGUCACAUUCCAACUGUCAAGAUGUGAGUGACAGAUCAAGCGAACAUCUCACGCCAUCUCCCAAUGGUGAAUCUCCAAUACAACUGCCGACCAAUGAGCAACAGAGCACCAAUAAUACACCAGCAGUUGCUCCGACAGUUGCAGGAAGGGCUUCCACAAAACCUUCUGUGGCUUCACCACUGCAAAUUCCCACCGUUCUUUGCCUACUGAGUUCAUUGCUACUGCUAAGGUGUUUACUUUAACCAUUAGUAUUUCUCUCUUGUAAAUCCUCCCAAUUCUUGUCAGCUUUACCAAAUUGCGAACAUUGUUCACUUUUUUUUUUCUUCUUUUAAAUUUAUCAAGCGGGGUUGGUAGUAAGAGCAAUAUUUUGUUCAGGUAAAUCUACUUCAGGCUUAUGUUUGCUUUCAUUAGUAUUAGUUUACUGAUGCUGAGUGUACACGUAAUUGCUGCGAAAUUCUUCUGAUCCAAUCCAUCUUUGUCUUUUUGGAAUUUGUUUUUAGUUGAGGUUGUAGGUUUAAAGUUGUAUUAAAAUGAAAAAAUCUAGUAAAUUUAAUCCAUGAUAUGGGGAGUUGUUUUUAAUAUCUUGUAAAAUCUUUUCUUUUGAAUAGAGUAUUUAA